AGAACCUCCCGUGCGAGAGAGUGUGCUUUGGUGCAGGGUCUGCCUCCAGGUAGCGUCUGACCGAAAAAAAAAAACAACAAACAAAAACCAAAACAAAAAAAGCUCUCCAGAGGACCCGUGCGUGUGGAGAGCGUUCAGUCGGGGGACUGACGCUGCAGGAGUUUUAACGUGUCACGGUGCACCCCUCCCCCCCUCCCCCCCUUCUGCGAGAGGACGGCCCGUCUCGGAGUCAUUGCGUUAAAAAUAGCUUUAUUGCAGCGGAUCAUGUUUUGGUAGGAGGGAUCGGUUGCCCCCUUCUCCAGGACGGGACAGGACAGGACGGGACAGGACGGUGACGAUGCGGCCGACAUAGAGGGCUAUGAGUAACGCACUACACGGCAGACGUACCUCUGCAAGCCUGGGAGACAAAGCCGCCAUUUUUCGGAGGGGCGAGGGCGGCGUGAGCGCCUUCUCCAGCCCGGCCUUCGUCCCCCUGCGCUCGCCGCUGCCCCCCAGACCAGCCCUCCUCAAAGCCAACAGGAAGAGCAGAGAGGUGGAGGAGACUCCUCUGUCCCCGAUUCCCACUGUGCUCCCCGAACUCGUCUCUCCCUCUGACUCAGCCCUCGUCUCAGACUGCCUGCUACCCUGGACCAAAAGCAGCGCGAUUCAGGUGAUCAAAGUGUACAGCGAGGACAACACGAGCCGAGUCAUCGAGGUACCGAGUGACAUCACCGCCCGGGACAUCUGCCAGCUGUUCAUUUUAAAGAACCACUGCGUGGACGACCACAGCUGGACGCUGUUCGAGCAGCUAGCACACCUGGGCAUAGAGAGAACCAUAGAAGACCAUGAAUCCGUCAUGGAGGUCCAGUCGGGCUGGGACGUCUACGCCGACAGCCGGCUGUAUUUCAGGAAGAACUACGCCAAAUAUGAAUUCUUCAAGAAACCCCUGGACUUUUUCCCAGAUCACAUGGUGUCCAUAUCAAGUGAAACCAAUGGGAUGAUGAACCACUCACAGCUCAUACAGACGUUCCUCAGCUUGAGCACGUGUCCUGAGAUCCACGGGCACCUUCACGCUAAGGAACAGGGCAGGAAGUGUUGGAAGAAGUUCUACUUCGUGCUGAGGAGGUCUGGACUCUACUUCUCAAACAAGGGGGCGUCCAAGGAGCCGAGACACCUUCAGUUCAUCGCAGAGUUCAGUGACAGUGACGUGUACACGUUGCUGUCAGCCAGAAAGACACACGGGGCCCCAACAGACUAUGGCUUCUGCAUUAAGCCCAACAAGUCGAGCUCCCCGCGGGACCUUAAGCUGCUCUGCGCAGACGAGGAGCACGUCAGGACCUGCUGGGUGACUGCCAUUCGCCUGUUCAAGUAUGGGAUGCAGCUUUACCAAAACUUCAUCCAGCCACAUCAGAAGCAGAGAGCCUCACCCAUGAGAAGCAUCUCGGAAAACUCCCUGGUGGCCAUGGACUUCUCAGGAAACAAGACCCGAGUGAUCGAGAACCCGUCAGAAGCACUGUCGGUGGCCGUGGAGGAAGGGCUUUCCUGGAGGAGGAAGAGCUGCCAUCGGCUGAGUUCUCAUGGGAGUCCCUCCACUUCCCAGAGUCCGAUGUCAAACCUAGCUAUCCACAGAGCGCAGCCCUGGUUCCACAGCAAGCUGUCCAGAGAGGAGGCUCACCGUCUGAUCACCGAGCAAGGUCUCAUUGAUGGGGUUUUUCUUUUAAGGGAUAGUCAGAGCAACCCCAAGACCUUUGUCCUGUCACUGUGUCACGCCCAGAGAAUCAAACACUUUCAGAUCCUGCCUGUGGAGGACGAGGGCGAGCUCUUCUUCAGCCUGGAUGACGGUCACACUCGCUUCACUGACCUGAUCCAGCUGGUGGAGUUCUACCAGCUGAACCGCGGCGUGCUGCCCUGCAGGCUAAAGCACCACUGCGCCAGAAUCGCCCUGUGAGCCAGGGGGCGCAAGAGAGCUGCGCGCGUGGGAGGAAACCAGCACAUGCUGUGCCUUGGACACAAAUCGCACCAGAACGAGCGCAGCCCAGACCCUCCAGACACCACCCAUUCCUCCAGCCUGGCUCUCCUUCUUGGCAGUUCCUCUCUGAGCUCUGAGACGAGAACAUUUUCAGAUGGACAGAACAGGCAAAGCUAUGAGAAUGAACUGUCAGGGACACUCAGAGUGCGGGGUACAGGUAGGCUAAUAUGCAGCCAGACUCCUCCCCUUCACACUGACAGGCCUGAGAGGGCCAGCCUGCUGGGAGAGGAUAAAGGAGAGGACUUACGAGCACAAUGGCCAUACGUACUGUACACAUCCAGCACCAGUCAAUGUACUGUAUAUAACGUAGAUCUCAGUUUGUUUGCAUAAUAUAUCAGCACAUGGGGCUUUGCAUUGUCAGUGAGACUGAGGGAGCGCUAGCACUAACUUCAGUCCGGUAGGAAGCCGAGCGGGAUCACCGCCUCUGAAAUAAACCCGGUCAGACCUAAAAAUCCACAGCUCCUCUGCUGCAGUACAAUCAGUGCUGCCCCACAGCCACGAUCACUGUGUGCGAGGCGGUGUGGAGGAAGUCAGCCUGCUUUUUUUUUUUUCCUUUUGUUUUCGGGGUUCGCGGGCAUGGAAGCGUCAGGUGAGAGAGAGACCGCCUGGAGCAGGGUGCAGGGGGACGCGGUAGACACCCCCCCCCCCCCCCCCAUUUCUGCUUCGGCGAGCUUCUGACGGCUCCACUCGCACGCUCGCGUAUCAACUCCGUUUAUCUCGUGGGUAAACCGGCCUUCGCUUGUGGUUUUAUGUACGUCUCAGAGUAUUCAGGUAUUUUAUAACCGUGAUCGUUCUUUUCAUGAGAUGGCUGGCAAGGAUUUGAUUUGAUUUCCAUGAACUAUGCCUUCUAUAGUUAAGGACACACAGACACACAUGCUCACACACACACACACACACACACACACACAUAUAUAUAAAUAGUAUAUAAACAAGCUGACUAUAGGGCAUGUCACACUCACACGUGUCACUCACUUGUACUGUAAUAUGUGGAAUGUACUGAUUGUAGCUGAAUCCAUAGCAUCUGUGCUGUUCCCCUGUUUGAGGGGAUUGAGGGGAAGUUGUUCAGUUGGUUACAUCUGUAAGAUUCAAUUCUGAAGGCAAAAGAACUGCUCUCUUUGUCUAAGUAAACCACAUAAGCACUGCACAACAUGAGCACUGCACAAGCUGUGUGUCAAAUUUAAAGAAGAUCACGAGCAGCACUCUAAUCACUGAAAUAAUGUCAUCUGAAACACCACUGUCCAAAAAAUAAGAGGCACAGCUGCUUUGGCUGUAAAUACCACUGGAGGACAAGCUAUCCAAAUAAAAGAAUAUCCAAACCUUUUGAUGCUAAAACUAUUUUUAAGACAUCCAGACUGUUGCAUUUCAAACCUACGGGAGGCGCAAAGCCAUGUCCUCUCAGUGAAUGGGUGGAGAGGUUCAUCUUUCUCACAAACUGAGAACAGUGCAUUGAAAACAGUAAAUGAAUG